AUGAACAAUUCAGUUAUAAUCCUACCUUUCCGAAAGGUGCCAUCGGACGAAGAAGAAAGAAGAUUACAGACUGUUGAUGUAUACAUAUCUGACGUGGAGCCCAAAGAAACAGGACGAAUAUUAAGAUUCGUUCAAACUCAUUGCCCACAAUCCGAAAUUCUGGAUCAUGUCAAACGAAUAAGAAAAGUAUCUCAUGACCAAGGCUUUAUUCUAAAUGUACUUAUAUGUUUAACCGCCUCAAUAACGCUCGAUGAUCUGAAAUUAUUGAUCAAACAACAUGACCUUGAAUCGAUUUUGUCACUUCGUGUUCAUCAAAUUUCUAAAUACCCACCAAUAACACGAGCUCAGUUUGAAGAGUGGAAUCGGUUAUGGCCAAUUAAUUUCCGCGAGGAUCCCAGGAGGGGUUCCAGAUUUUCUUCCGAAGAAAUAGAAAUUUUAAGAUAUCACAUGAUCAGAGCAAUUCAAUUAGCAGAUAUUGCAAGAUCUAAAGGAGAGAUACCAGUGGGUUGUGUAAUGAUAGAUCCGAGAAGAAUCGAAAUAAUGUACGAAUCACAUGACACAAGAACAUCUUCAAACCAUCCAUUUAGGCAUGCUAUUCUAAACUGUAUAAAUCAAGCAGCGUUAUUUGAGAGAACAAAAUUGAAGACUAUAAAUAUUGAUUCCCUAAUACCAAAAAAGCGAAAAUCUGAUAAAUCGGAGGAUCAAUUUGCAUUUUCAAGUGAUACAUCUUCGGAACCAGGCUCGAUCACUUUUGAAAACAGAGAAAGUAGUAUAGGAGCUUAUUUAUGUAAAGGAUAUGAUCUAUUUGUUACUCAUGAACCUUGUAUCACAUGCUCGAUGGCUCUUGUACAUUCAAGAAUUGGUCGCGUAUUCUAUGGACGAUCUAAUAAUGUAUCGGGAGGUUUAGGAUCAUGCUACAAAAUCCAUACUCACCAAGCUUUAAAUCAUCAUUUCAAAACAUUUAGUGGAUUCUUGGAAGACCAAAUUGAAAUGCUCAUGAUUGAUUGCUAA